AUGCAUUGGGUAGCAUGGGAUUUAGUGACACGGUCAAAGAAAAAUGGUGGUCUUGGCAUCGGUAAACUAAAGCUUGUAAACGAAGCCCUUUUGGCGAAGUGGGCUUGGAGGUAUCGGUCUGAAAUAACUAGUAUGUGGAGGAAAGUGGUCACGGCUUGUCAUGGUAAAAGUAGAAAAUGGUUUGAUUUUCCGUGUAACGCUACUUCAACGGGAGUUUGGAAAAACAUCAUGAGAUCGGAAUCUAAGACGGGCAUCGAUGUCAAUUGGAGCUGGUCAAGAGCCAUCUUCUCGCAAGAGGAGAUGGCUGAAUUAGCGGAAGCCUCGGUUGUUUUGGCAGGGUUAGCUACAUCGGAUACUAAGGAUUCGUGGAAAUGGACGUUGGAAGACUCCGGUAUCUUCUCGACUUCUUCUUUUAAAAAAGCGGCGUCGAAUCAGGCGCCGGUGGAUCCUAUUUAUCGUAUAUGGACUGGAGGUUGGAUCCCGGCCAAGUGUAAGAUAUUUAUGUGGAGAGUGCUCAUUGACCGUAUUCCGACUAGGAACGCCCUCGCGAGGAGAAACGUCACGGUGGACUCGGAAAACUGCGCUUUUUGUGGUGUUCUUACGGAAUCCGUGGACCAUCUUUUUUCAGGGUGCGAGACGGUUUGUGCGGUUUGGGUUUGGUUGAGCGAUUGGGCCAAGAUCAAUCCGUUGUUCGCUUUUUCUUUCAAAGAUGUUAUGUUGAUGCAUAAAGGUGCUUCUGAGGAUAAGAGGGCAAGGCUGAUUAUUCGGGGGCUCAUCAUGGUUACGUGUUGGUGUGUGUGGAAAGCUAGAAACAACAAAAUUUUUUCAAACGGUAGAGGGAGCGUCGAAGAGAUCAUUGGAGAGGUUAAGUCUUUGGAUUUUUUUGUGGCUAAAGUGCAGGUCCAAGUAUAG